UGGGAACGUGGUGUAGUCCUAAGAUAUUGGGGGUUGAAGGCAUUCGCUUCCAGGGGAUUGCUUGUGCACCACUGCUGCUCGUACUUGAGUAUUGCGUAGGCUCUUCCCCUUGUCUUGAUUCCGGGCUCCUAGCUCUGCUGCUGGUCGUUCGCCCAGAUCUCGUCGAGGUCUUGUGGGGAGAUUCCACUCAUCCUCUAAUUCUGUCAGGUCGUUGCUGGAACUGCUCGUCGUAAAUAUCAUUUUCAAUCCUGAUUCGUCAUAGAACGUUGCAAUGGCUGUACUGCGUCUGCUGUUGCUUUCGACUAUUCUAGCGGCUUGGAAUGUGCAAGGAGGCAUCAUCGACCUGAAAGCUGCACAGGUCGUCCGAAGAGCAACGACAGCUCAUACAUCAUACCGCACAACUGCAGGCUUGCCAACGCAGACAGGAAUUGCCGCAAACUGCAACAAGUUCUACGAUAUAGUUACGGGCGAUAAUUGCGAAACUGUAGAAGCUGCGUUUCAAAUAACGAAAGGACAGUUUCUGGCAUGGAAUCCUGCCGUUUCCGAUGACUGCGUCACCAAUUUUUGGGUUGGAGAUUCAUACUGCGUUGGCACGGCUGCUGGUGGCGUUAGCAGUACUAAGAGCAGUACUAAGAGCGUUGCUCCUCACACGACUGUUCACUCGACAGCAGAUCUACCUACACAGUCCGGAUCCAUCUGCAAUUGCAAUAAAUGGUAUGAUGUGGUAGCUGGCGAUACCUGCGCGACAAUUGAGAGCACAUUUGGGAUCACACUUGCUCAGUUUCUCAAAUGGAAUCCAGCUGUAUCGUCCGACUGUGCGACCAACUUCUGGACUGGGGAUAGCUACUGCGUAGGGACAACAAUAGCAGCUUGCCCUACAAGUACCUCAAAGACGACUACAAGCCAUACUUCUCCUACCAUCUCUUCAACUUACUCUAUACUUUCGCAAAUAACGAGCUCAUACGUGCCGGCUACAAUUGCAACAGCCACGUCCUGGCCGCCGACUCAUACCCAGGCUGGGCAAGUAGCAUACUGCAAUAACUGGGAUCUGGUAUCUGCAAGUGAUACGUGUGAUAGUAUACAGGGUAGCUAUUCAACCUUCAUGUCGAUGGAUGACUUCAUAUCAUGGAAUCCAGCCAUUGGUGUUAAUUGCACCGGUCUUUAUGUUAACUACUAUGUUUGCGUUGGAAUUCAAUAUCAGACAAGUGCUAUAGAUAACUCUACUGCAACCUCAUACUGGUACCCAUCAUACACUCCAACUACUGCUCCAACACUUAAUACAUCGUUUGUUGCAUCACCGACGCAGACCGGCAUCCCACCUAGCUGCCUUGCUUUCUAUCAGGCCAGCGCAAAUGAUACAUGUGAGACGAUUGUAGAGAAAGAGGGCUAUGUGACAUUAGAUGAACUCAAUGAAUACAAUCCCGCACUUGGAUCUGAUUGUUCCGGGCUAAUUCCAGGGGAUUAUUACUGUGUCAUGAACGGUACACUUCCGUUGCCAUCUGUGGCAACAGUGGCACCGACCGCGACGCAGACUGGCAUUGUAUCCACAUGUGUCUCAUGGUACCGAGCAGAUAGCGGAGACAAUUGCCAGCUAGUUGUUGAAAUAUUUGGCACAUUUAGUGCAGCAGAUUUCCUGACGUGGAAUCCAGCUGUUCUCUCAGACUGCUCAGGUUUUACAGUUGGUGAUUAUUACUGUGUUGCGAUUCCGUCAACGCCAACAACAAGGACCACCAGUUAUAGCUCUACGCCACUGCCGUCAAAUGGAGUUGGCCCCCAGCCAGAACAGCCUGGAAUUCCAGCCGCCUGCGCGGAUUACUGGUUCGUUGGCACACUAGACACCUGCGACUCCAUUGCGACAAAAAAUAAUAUCACAGUCGCUCAGCUGGAAAGCUACAAUCCAGCACUUGGCAGUGACUGCUCGGGCCUGACACAAGACUACUAUAUCUGUGUUGGAAAGCCAGACAACUCCACAACUAGUACUACAGCUUCAGGUACAACUACUGGCAGUAUUCCAAACACUCAGACUUCAGCUUUCAGUAGCUCAACAACAACUCCAACUUCAUCUCCUUGUCAAACCGUUUCAGGGAUAGUCUCACCAACACCUUCAAACGCCCUUUGUGGAGUUAAGGGUUCCUCAAUUGCCGCCUCAGGUGCUGGAACUCUUAUUGGAUAUGUUACCGGCAGCAGCUAUGUUACAAGUCUUGCUGCUUGUAGCUCACAGUGUCUAGCAACUUCGUGCUGUACAAACAUCUAUUUCAUUCAAGGGAGAAACUGCAACUUGCACUAUGGACCCAACGCUUUUAAUAACAACGUUGGAAGUACACUGUUUGAUUUUUAUGAUGCGACUUGUUUCACCUGUGGAGCGAUAGGCUGUACUACAGCACCAAGUACAACUACUGGUGCUUCUCUAACAAAUACAGGAGCGCUAGGGAUUGUCACACCGUCUCCUGUCCAGCCGAGCAUGGUGAGUGGUUGCGAGAGAUUCUACUACGUCGAAAGUGGCGACGGAUGCUACAAUCUAGCAGCUGAGGCGGGCAUACCUCUUAAUAGCUUCUACUCUUACAAUCCUGCCGUAAAAACAGACUGUACCGGACUUCAAGCCCAUGUUUAUGUUUGUAUUGGUCUUAAUGGGCCAGCGACGACCAUUACGACUGGCACGCCCGUACCAGUCCCGUCGUCGUAGAUAUAUAUACCUUCAUGACCUUUGAGAUUGAUAGCAUCCCAAUGGUAUGUGGUAUACAAUCGAGGAAUUAUAAGACUGUAGCGAGAUGGUUUACAUGAGGACUUCCAAUCGUCAUUAAUAUAGACCCUCUAUGUCUGCAAUAAACUUGUAAUUCUAGGUGUAUACAAAACAAACUAUUUGUCCUUUCAUAAUGCAAAGCUAGUGCACAUCUAGGUGACAAUCAUACAUUGGCCGAAGACCC